AAGCUCAUGUGCGAUUCUAAUACCUAUACUACGUACGGAUAUCCAUUUUGUAAUUAAAGAUAUAAUCUACAUGUGCGUGCUCGAUAUUGCGGCGUUGCAUAACAUUCCAUGGUGGAAUUUUGUGAUAUGGUUUUAAUGUCUCCCACUGAAUGAUAACACUGGUUUCCGCUGGAAAAAUUCUCAGACACCUAACUCUAAAUUGAUAUGUAUCAUAAUCGAUGUAAAUGUGAAUAAUGCUUAUAAAAACGUAUCACGCAAAGAUUAUGUAAAAUUUUACAUAAUGAUACUGGCACCGCGUUUAACGGAAAAUGAGAAUAAUGCGAUUAGGCAUACGACCGCCUUGACCUUCUUUCCGGUGUGCUUUUGAUUUUCUCUCGAUCGUGUAACAACCAUGCGCCAUAAUCUAACGAUACUUUCCACAGGAUAAUCGUAACUUACUGCACUCGCACCGCCGGGAAAAUGUGUACCGGGCAGUUUUUCAGCGAGCUAACAAUUACAGUCGUGAUCGAACGUGCGCGGAUGUGAUUUUACAUGUGGCACAAUCGUGCCGCGAAAGUCAGCUCGCGAAGAACAGCGUCCGACGAUGCCAUCACACUUCGUGAUCGAUGAUCGCUCGCGGUUUCGCUGCAUUUCCAAUUAUUUGCGAAUUAUCCACUCGUUUCCCGCGAGAACUGAUCGGCGAGUGACGCGGCAGUUGCGAAAUUGACCUCUUUAAUUGGGACGAUCAACAGCCAGCUGUCGCACUUUCGGUCUCGGUUAUACGAGCUUUCUUACUUUCAGGAUCGGCUUUCUCUCCCUUGACCCCAUCAUUCCACCUUCGACCCACUGUCUAACCUUCGAGGCCUUCGGGCGCAGAAAGUCGUCGUGACGUGCUUUCCUUCGCGUCGUUGACAGAAGCUCGUCGUGCGUCGCGAAUCGGCAAUAAACAGUGCGCGCCGUACGCAAAUAACAGAUCGUCUUUAGAUCAAUUCUCGAGGGCCCUCCCCCCCCCGUCUGGGAUUAGAAUGCCGUCUCCUCUUGUUAUCGUCGCAUAACAACGUCAGUAGAUGAUGUAUCCUCCCAAGCGCGUCCACCAUCACGCGGCGGCGGCGACACCAACCACAUACAUCUUGCGAUGUCUCGUGGUUGUAACUAUGAUCGCGGCUGCGGCGACGUUUUUGCAUAUUAACAAUUACAGGCCCAAGCAAAUAUUCCUCUCCUGCGACAGGCCAUGUCAUCACUUGGAUUGGCCCAUGAUUUGCCGGGUGAAACUCACCUUAGAGGUCUUCCAGUCGCUCAGCAAAUCAUGCGGAGAUUGCCCGUUGAAUCAGACGGCUUGCUUGGCAAAUCACUGCGUCGCCGCGGAUGGACAGAGACGGGGCAUCCUUACGGCCAAUCGUCAGAUGCCAGGACCUAGUAUCCAGGUUUGUGAAAACGACAUCCUGGUGGUGGAUGUGAUUAAUCGUCUUCCGGGUAAGGCCACGGCGGUACAUUGGCGUGGGCAAACACAGCUGGAGAUGCCGUACAUGGACGGCGCGCCGUUGGUAACGCAGUGCCCAAUACCGAGUUACACGACUUUCCAAUACAAAUUUCGCGCUUCCGUACCCGGCACACAUCUCUGGCACGCGCAUGCAGGCGCCGACGUCAGCAACGGCAUCUUCGGCGCGCUUGUUGUGAAGCAAGCGGACCUUCGGGAGCCCCAUCGCGCCCUUUAUGACAUCGACGACCUUAAUCACGUAGUUCUGGUGACCCAGUGGCAACACUCGCCGGAAGUAUCGUUCAAUCAGGGCCACACAAAGCCGGCGAUUCUUCUGAUCAAUGGGAAGGGUCGUCAGCCGGGCGGACCCUCGGUACCCCUCACGACAUUCACGGUCGUUCCCGGGCGACGUCACCGAUUCCGCGUUGCUAACGCCGGAGGCGCCGGUGCGUGUCCCGUGACGUUAUUCAUCGACGGCCAUUCGCUUCUCCUGAUUGCACUUGACGGACAUCCCAUAGAGCCGCGACAAGUCACCUCGAUAACGCUGGCCAAAGGUGAAAGGGCAGACUUCGUGCUCAGAGCGAGUCAACGCAUCGGCUCGUACUGGAUGCACGUUCAUACGGCGAAAGAAUGCGGAACGAGCACGGUAAACGGCGCGGCGGUGCUCAACUACAAAGGCAGCACGGAAGUCCCGGCGGACACGACGGACGCUAUCGAUCAGCGGGACAUCGACGAGGUGGAGACGACCAGGUUGGCCGCGACCACGAAUCCCGUGGACAAGUGUGGCGGCCGUGAGAAUCUGUGCGUCAUGGACGUGCAAAACGUACGCAAGAUGCCGCACGUCCUGGCCAAGCCCAGGAUGGACGUGACGAUGUACCUGCCGAUUAAUUACAGAGUUAACCAGGAGACCGAACUAAUAGAUAAUGGCGGGGCAACGCGGGUAUUGAACGUGGACAACGCCACUUUCACGUUCCCGUCGUCGCCGCUGUUGACCCAGGGCAGCGACGUGUCCCCGGGGAUGCUAUGCUCCAGAGGCGAGCACGACGGCGACGAAGACGAGCGCGGGGGGAGCAACGAGGGCGCGCUGUCGCGACGUCCAUGCCGCGCCGUCGACGACGCCAACGGUGCGAGCGACCUGUGCGAGUGCGUGCACGUGCGUCAUGUGCCGCUCGGAGCUACCGUGGAGAUCAUUCUCUUGGAUCAGGGUGGCCUGGACGACUUGGUUUACCAUUUGCACGGCUACAGUUUUUACGUGGUGGGCGCCAGGCAAUUUGGACGAAGCAUGUCACUGCAAAAUAUACGGAAUUUGGACAAGAGAAUGCAGCUGUUCUCGCGAAAUCUCGACUGUGCACCAGCCAAGGAUACCAUCGUUGUGCCGAAAUUUGGAGCAGUAGCGCUGCGAUUUAAAGCCGAUAAUCCGGGUUAUUGGAUGUUACGAGAUGAACACGCGGCUGAUUGGACCCGCGGUUUAGAUGUUAUUCUGCAAGUCGGUGAUCCUAGCGACAUGGUGGCCGCACCGCAGGACUUCCCCAAAUGCGGAUCCUUCGUUGGACCCGAUUAUUUUCUUAUAUAGACUGUUACUUCAUUAAUUAGUAAAUUAAUUAUGUAUAUAGUUGUAUAUAACAAUAGCGUUCCAAACACAUACCUAAUCGCAAGCAAAUGAAUUUUCUACGACCUUUUGUAUGAAUAA